AGAUCGGACAAGUGUAUUUCCUUGCCCGAGCCCAUAAUAGAUGAGCCACCCACUCAGAGCCAGAUGGAGAGCCUGGGACCAGAUGGCAAACCUGGUUAUGAUCACGUCAUCAGGUUGGCCAACAAUCUGGUGGACCUCAGAAAUGAGGGUUUCAUUGCACAGCAGAAGGCGGAUGAGAUUGUUACUCUGUGGGAUAAACUGUCAGAGGAUGACAAGGGAGCUCUCAUCUACCCAGCUCUCCACCGUGAGAGGCUGGUGAAGGGGCGCUUCAAAGUCAGUCACUCUAAGACAAAUGUUACCCCUGGAGCAGUUGGACAGUUUGAAGUGCUGCUUCCUUGGUGAAGUCAGUGGACCUGCUCAGUGGCCCAACGCCAGCCGUCUUGUAGAGACAGUCUGUCUGGCUAUAUGCCGAAUUUACCCUGCUGGUCAGACAGUGGCUGGUGUCAGGGUGAACAGUUGGUCUUCCAUUCUACAUGCAUACAGAACAAUAAGGGAUGUAGUCAUGGACAGCCCCAGACUCAUGGCUGAAACAAAGCUGCAGCUGUUUGAGUUAAAUCAGCAGACUCUUUCACAAUGGCACGGUGCACGGAUAAAGAAGCAGGAGAGCAAGGUCUUACAGCAGGGCAUUAAGACCUUUGCCAGUACCUUGGUGGCCUCUGAACCUCUCCCACCUGUGCUGUUUAAGGAACUUGAACCGGUCCCGCAUGGGCACCCACCCUACGGGUUCAACAUUCCUGCGGAUGCAUCGGGACAGGCAGUGCAGCGUGUUCCAGGCCAACCCUCUUCAGCGGCUUUUGUCAUGCCUGCUGCAGCACAACAGGUCCAAGGCCAGCCUCCUCCAGUCCAGGUGGGCGUCACAUUCCCUGACACAGCCCACUUGCUUCAAGCUACAGACACUACAGAUAUUGAUGUACCUGCUGCUACACCUCCUGGUCCAAAGGUCCCGAGAACAGCUUGGCGGCGGAGGAAGGCGGCAGAGGUAGCUGCAGCACAAGGUUUCUUUAAGAAAAAUAGGCAAAAGACAGAACAACAUUUUUGUAAAAAGUGUGGCCACCCAAAGACUAAAGAGUUUGGCACCAGUCAGUUUCGAGGGGUUCACUUUUGUGCAAAAGCCUCAGGAAAAACUUUUGAGCAGUAGACAGAGGAGAUGAG